AUGGCACUCACGGUUGGCGAUGUUAACAAUGACAAUCAUUUAGAUAUUGUCGCCAGUUUAUACAUUCGUUGCACCAUAACUGUUUUUCUCGGAAAUGGUACCAGAACCUUCGGAAGUUUUUCCAUUUAUUCUACGGGCAAGCUUUCAGCGCCUUUUGUUGUCAUUCUGGCUGAUUUUAAUAAAGACAAUAAUCUGGAUAUAGCCGUUGCUAAUGAAAAUGCUGGAAAUGUCGGUGCUUUUUUCGGAGUUGGAGAUGGAACGUUUAUGAGACAAGUUACUUUUUCAACUGGACUUGGUACUUUACCAUAUUUCAUUACUGCUGCUGACUUUAAUCAUGAUAAUAAUACUGAUAUUUUUGUUACCAAUACUGCCAGUAACGAAGUACUCAUCUUUUUUGGCGAUGGCAACGACCAUUUCGAACUCGCAAGGAGAUAUCCGACAGGUCCAGGUAUGGGUCCAUAUGGUAUUGCUGUAGCGGAUCUCAACAAUGGCAAACAAUUGGAGAUUGUCUUUGCUAACACAACUGUGCAUUUCACUGGUUCUGCUCCACGUUCAUACUCAUUAGCUGUUGGUGACUUCAAUAAUGAUAAUCGAUCAGAUAUUGUUGUUGCCAAUUCAAACUCUAAUGAUCUAACAAUAUAUUUUACUUCGAAUAAUGGAUCGUUUAGCGCAGAAACUGUGUUUCCAAUUGGAAUCGAUUCUUAUUCUCAAUAUGUUAUCACUGGUGAUAUCAAUUCAGACAAACAUCUAGACAUAAUUACUGUUAAUUCAAAAAGCAAUACUAUAAGUAUAAUCAAGGGAGAUGGUAAUGGAAAUUUUGCAGAUCAAAUCAAUUACUCAACUGGAGAUGGUUCACAUUCUAAUAAUGAUGGCCAAGUUGAUUUUACUAUUGCUAAUACGGGAACAGAUAGUAUAGGUGUUUUAUUUGGAUUUCGUUAUGCAUCAUUUCAAAAACCAUCAAUAUAUUCUAAUGAGAACAAUCAGAUGCCAAUAAGCAUGAUCGUUAAUGAUUUCAAUAAUGAUAAUUACAUUGACAUUGCUUCGUCUUUGCAGUGA